CGUCAUUUUGCAAGUUCUGUAUACAGCAACACUUAUUUCGGAGGCCACGUUCUCCAAACUCCUGUUAAAUACAUAAAAUAUUUGUUCGGUACCCAGCAUCGAUUUGUAUACAAACAAUGAAACCCCGAAACGCUUUAGUGUAAAUUAAACUACAAACGCAGAACGCCUGCGCACGCUGAAGGUCAGCGCGCGCAGCCGCACGAUUAUCUUCGCGUUGAUAACACGCAUUUCCGAAAAGCCUCCCUUAGACCUAAGUAAUCGAGAAGUCAUUACCACGUGACCCUUUCGUGGGGGGGAAAAAAGUUCUGCGAGGAGGCGCUCUGUUAUUGGCUAGCUUCGCGGCUGCGCGAUUCGGGACUCCUUGAGUCAUGCCUGGUUGGUCUCCGCGUUCUCCGUGGUGUAUAGGGAGGCGGAUCCUCGGGCUCUAAUGGUCUCGGGAUAGUGCAGGUUACCGUAACUGUAUUCCCCAGGACUCGUGGUUCAAAAGGCGCUCACCGCUGUUACUUGAAGUAUCUGCUUGGAGAUUGGCCGGUUCCCGGGCCCUUUCCCGCCCAGACAGCCCACGUUGAGAUAAAACCAUGGGGGUGAAAGUGCAACGUACUCGUUGUUUUUUUGACAUAGCCGUUAACAAUGUUCCUGCCGGAAGAGUUGUCUUUGAACUGUUUUCAGACGUUUGCCCAAAAACUUGUGAAAACUUUCGCUCCCUCUGCACAGGUGAAAGGGGAAUUGGAAAGAGCACACAAAAGCCAUUGCAUUACAAAAACUGCUUGUUUCAUAGAGUUGUGAAGGAUUUUAUGAUCCAGGGAGGAGACUUCAGUGAAGGUAAUGGAAGAGGUGGAGAAUCCAUUUAUGGAGGGUUCUUUGAAGAUGAAAACUUCUCUGUUCAGCACAACAAAGAAUUCCUACUCUCUAUGGCCAAUAGAGGAAAGGACACAAAUGGAUCACAAUUUUUUAUAAUAACUAAACCUACACCUCACUUGGAUGGGCUUCAUGUUGUUUUUGGCCAAGUAAUUUCUGGACAAGAUGUUGUGAGGGAGAUUGAGAAUCAAAAAACAGAUGCAUCCAGCAAACCAAGUGUAGAAAUUAGCAUACAGAAUUGUGGAGAGCUUGUCCAGAAAUCUAAAGCCAAGAAAGAGAGGAAAAGACAUAAAUCCUCCUCAUCGAGUGACUCUGAAGACUCCAGCGCCUCUGAUUCAUCAUCUGACUCAUCCUCUGAUUCCAAAAGUGAGGAUGAAGAAAAGUCAAAAAAGAAAAAAAGGAAACACAAGAAAAAUUCCAAAAAGCAGAAAAAGGAGAAAGGGAAGAGGAAAAAAGCUAAGAAAAGCCCUGAUGAAGAUCAAAAUGAGGAUCAGGAACUCCAGGUGACCUCUACUGUCCGUCCAGAGGAGAUCCCAACAAUACCUGAAAACAAGUUUUUAAUGAGAAAAAGCCCUGAAAGAACAGAUGAGAAAGAAAGCCAAAGGAAUGACAGGGAAAGGGAGCGUGAUAGCAACAUGCAAGCAUCCCUUUACCAGAGGAGGUUAUUGGUAACCAGAUCUGGAAGAAAAAUCAAGGGAAGGGGACCUAGACGUUACCGCACUCCUUCCAGAUCUAGGUCAAGAGAUCGCUUUAGGAGAAGUGAGACACCUCCACAUUGGAGGCAAGAAAUGCAAAGAACGCAGAGAAUGCGCUAUUCUAGUGGAGAACGCUGGAUCAAAGGAGACAAGAGUGAAAUGAAUGAUAAGGACAAUCAGAAAAGCCCAGUGAGAGGAAGGGAGCGGAAGUCAUCUGAUCAGAUGCCAGUAUCCGAAAGCCCCAGCAAAAGAGGAGAUCUGGAAAAACAAAAAGAUCCUAAAUCAGCAAGCAAAGAGAGAGAGGUGAAGAAAGAUACUGAAAAGGAUGAAAGACCGAAUAAAAACCGAAGCAGCAAAAGGACAAAGUCUGAAAGACGAAGUGAAAGUAAAGAAAACUCAAAAAGUAAUAAAGAUUCCAAACACGGCAAACAUGAUGUGAAAGCAAGAUCAAAAAGCAAAGAACGAGUGCAUGAAAAAGAAAAGGAAAAGAACUCUAGUGAUAAAGCUAAAGAAAAGGAUAGGAGCAAAAGCAAAGAGCGGAUGAAACCCUCUUCAUCAAAAAGUGAGAGGGCAAAAAGCAAGGAGAAAGAUAAAACCAGAGAACGGCAGGGAAAAUCAAGGAGUAGGGAAAGAGAAUCUACUAGAACUAAGCAUGACUCCAAUAGCAGGGCUAAAGAGCGCAGCAAAAGUAGAGAGAAUAGCCGAAGAGCAAGGUCCAGAAGCAGAGACAAUACCCGUACCAGAAGUCGGGAUCAUGCUAAAAGCAAAGAUAGAGACAAUAAAAGGAGGGGAAGGUCCAGAAGCAGAGACAGAAAAGGAACUCCAGACAAGUCCAAGAAUAAAGAAAGCAAGAGCAGGGCUGACUCGAACGAUUCCAGCAAGAGUCAAAGUAAGAAUAAAGAUUCCCUUCGAAAAGGUGAAAGCAAACAUUCUCAUAAAUCUAGUGAUCAUGAAAGCCAUAAAAGAAGGCACUCUAAGAGCAGCAGCCCAGAGAACAAACAUUCAAAAAAAGGUAGGGAACACGAUAGAAGUCCAGACUCCACAAACAUACAUGGCAAAGACCGUGAAGAGCGAUCUUCUACCCAUAAAAAUAGGGAUAAAGAUAAAACAAGGAAAUCUUCCCAUGAUGACAAAGAGUUGAGGAAAAAAUCCAGGAGCCGGGACAGGGAUUUAUCCAGUAUAAAAGAUAAGAAAAACAAUCCUUCAAGUCCUGCAAGUGCCGAGAAAUGAAGUGUAAAUAAUAUUUUAGUUCCAUUCUCUGUAUUUUUUUUUUUUUUUUUUUUUUUAGAAGAUGUACGUACACUGAGGGAUAUCUUUGUUUUCUUUUCUGUUAUGUCAUACUGGACUUUAGUUUCACCUUUUUUCAUAAGCCUCAAUCUGGAACGUUUGUAUUGCAGAUGUUUUAAUAAACUUUCAAUGAAAAAGAAA